AGCAGAAUGGUGUCAGGGUUUGGGACGGUGAGUGAGGCCAACGGGUGAUUUCUUUGCACCCCUUCCCGAAUGGAGUCUUAAAAAUAAUUGCUCCUUAUUGGGCGUUUACUUCGCUGCUACCACGCGGCAGCCACUGCGUCGGUUCUACCCCAGCAUCCUAAUGACCUAUGAUCAUGUGGAACUUACAUUCAAUGACAUGAAGAACGUGCCAGAGGCCUUCAAAGGGACCAAGAAAGGCACUGUCUACCUUACCCCAUACCGGGUCAUCUUUCUGUCCAAGGGGAAGGACGCCAUGCAGUCCUUCAUGAUGCCGUUCUACCUGAUGAAGGACUGUGAGAUCAAGCAGCCAGUGUUCGGUGCAAACUUCAUCAAGGGAACAGUGAAGGCUGAAGCAGGAGGUGGCUGGGAAGGUUCCACUUCCUACAAGUUGACCUUCACAGCAGGGGGCGCCAUUGAGUUUGGGCAGCGGAUGCUCCAGGUGGCAUCUCAAGCCUCCAGAGGUGAAGUCCCCAAUGGAGCCUAUGGGUACCCUUACAUGCCCAGCGGGGCCUAUGUCUUUCCCCCGCCAGUCGCCAAUGGAAUGUACCCCUGCCCUCCUGGCUACCCCUAUCCACCGCCCCCACCUGAGUUCUAUCCAGGACCUCCCAUGAUGGAUGGGGCCAUGGGAUACGUACAGCCCCCACCACCACCGUACCCUGGGCCCAUGGAGCCUCCAGUCAGCGGCCCCAGUGCCCCCUCCACUCCUGCAGCUGAGGCCAAGGCCGCAGAAGCCGCUGCCAGCGCCUAUUACAACCCGGGCAACCCACACAAUGUCUACAUGCCCACGAGCCAGCCUCCACCACCACCCUACUACCCCCCAGAAGACAAGAAGACCCAGUAGACCCUACCCUCCUCCCUGCCUCUUCCCGAUGACCCCUUCCUGGGCCUCCAUGGAGCUGCAUCUGGGAUUCCCGGAGGCCAGGGAGGGCCCUGUUCGACCCCUCAUUAUAGACAGUUAGCAGGAACUAGCCCUGAUGGAAGGGUAGAGCUCCCGGCCUCUGAGAGGCAACUCCCAGCAUCCCACGCUAGCUCAGCCUGCUGUGCUGCUCCACCCAGCUUCCCUUUCACCUUGUCUGGGACUCCGAGGAGUACAGGAGUACCCUGUUCCUCGCUGUAGCAGGUCCUCCCCACACAGAGACUGGCCACUCCUCCCCCGCAGUCCAGCCCCCUCAGCCUGAUAGCCCCCGUACCCCAUCUCUUGGGCUCAUCAGACCAGCCAGGUGUCUCCCCAACAGGCCCUGCCAAGCCAUGUUAACAUUCCUUGCCCUGUGUGUGCCUGACCCUGGAAGGCCGCUGUCCCAGCAGACUGUCAGUCCACAUUCCCUUUGGCCAUGCUCCGACCUCAGUCAUACUCACCCUGCCACACUUGCUCUCUGUUGCCUCCAGGUUUUGAGAAUUUUACUGAGUUUCUGGUGGUUGGUAGCAUCAGAAGCAAAGCCGCUGUGGUGGAGAAGCCCUCUGCCCCUCUGCUAGGGUUUCUGGGAAUUAUUUCCCCUCCUCUCCUCUCCCCUUUACAAGGGCCUUCUCCCAGGGAGCAAUAGAGAACACAUGUCCCCCCCCAUCAGGCCCUUUGGUCUGGAAUAAGAGCCUUCAACCAUGUGACCUAUAACCCGUCAUCCUCCCCUCUGUAAACUUCACACCCCCUGGAUGCACUAAGAUUAGCUCUUGUUCCUGGUCUGAACAAAAAAAUGAGAUGGUUAUUUAAAGAGAAAUUGCCUAUUUAUUUGACACAAACACAAAAAUCCAGUUAAUAUAUAUUAAUGUGAAUUAAACCCUGUUUGCACCUUGAUUUGUUUGCUACAACUGUGAAAUAGUAAAAAUGAAGUAACUGAA